GCCCACAAAGCGACAGCUGAGUGGCCGCUGCGGGCCGAGUGCGGCUGAGCCUGCUUCGCGACCUGAGCUCCAGCUGGGUCGGCCGCUGACCCAGCCCAGAGCCUCUGCCGCUCCGGAACGCAGCCGGACACGUCCCUGCCCGCCCAGACUGUCCGGUGCAGACCCGGGUCCGACAGUCCCACGCCAGAGCGAGCAGCGGGGAAGGAAGGGCCGGAGCCCGCAGCACCGCCUUCGGAGAGGACCGGGGGGCCGACCCUGCGUGUGGCCGCGCGCGACGGCGGAGACUCCCCGAGGUCCAGGGCGGAACAGCGCAGGGCCAUGGCCGAGGCGGCUUCGGCUCCGACUUCUGAAUGGGACUCCGAGUGCCUUACUUCCCAGCAGCCCCUUCCUCUUCCCACACCUCCAGCAGCAAAUGAGGCACAUCUGCAAACAGCAGCCAUCUCCUUAUGGACAGUGGUGGCAGCUGUGCAGGCCAUAGAAAGAAAGGUGGAGGUCCACAGCCGGCGACUCCUACACCUAGAAGGGCGGACAGGGACAGCAGAGAAGAAGUUAGCCAGCUGUGAAAAGUCAGUGGCUGAGCUUGGGAACCAGCUGGAUGGCAAGUGGGCCAUGCUGGGGACUCUGCUGCAGGAGUAUGGGCUGCUGCAGAGGCGACUGGAGAACUUGGAGAAUCUGCUGAGAAAUAGGAACUUCUGGAUACUCCGGCUCCCCCCAGGUAUUAAAGGAGAUAUCCCAAAGGUGCCUGUGACAUUUGAUGAUGUCUCCAUCUACUUUUCCACUCCAGAGUGGGAAAAAUUAGAAGAAUGGCAAAAAGAACUUUACAAGAAUAUCAUGAAGGGCAACUAUGAGUCUCUUGUCUCCAUGGAUUAUGCCAUGAAUCAACCUGAUGUCUUAUCUCAGAUUCAACCAGAAGGAGGACAUAAUACAGAGGACCAGGCAGGGCCAGAGGAAAGUGAGAUUCCCACAGACCCCAGUGAAGAACCUGGUAUUUCAACCUCGGACAUUUUGUCCUGGAUUAAACAAGAGGAGGAGCCUCAGACUGGGGUCCCACAGGAGUCCAAGGAGAGUGACAUAUACAAAAGUACCUAUGCUGAUGAAGAGCUUGUGGUUAAAGCUGAAGGCCUUGCUAGGGCCUCAUUGUGCCCUGAGAUUCCAGUCACCUUCUCUUCCCCACCAGCAGCAGCAAAGGAUACUUUUUCAGAUGUGGCUUUCAAAAGACAGCAGUCUGCAUCCGUGACACCUUUUGGACGUCCAGCGACUGACCUGGCUGAAGCCUCUGAGGGAACAGUGACUUUUACUCAAUUGAGUAGUUACCCUCUUCCACCUCCAGCUAGAGAGCAGGUAUUCUCAUGCCACCACUGUGGCAAGAGUUUCAACCAAGACAUGUUGCUAACUCAUGAAUGUAGCCACACUGGUGAGCACCCCUUAUCCUGUGUCCAGUGCCCUAAGCACUUUCCUGAGCAGGCUGAGCUUAGCAGUAACUCCCAGGAACAUGCCAAUGAGACACCCCCCACCUGCCCACACUGUGCCAGGACUUUUACUCACCCAUCAAGACUCACCUACCACCUUCGGGUCCAUAAUAGUACUGAGCGCCCUUUCCCCUGUCCUGAUUGUCCUAAGCGCUUUGCUGACCAGGCCCGCCUCACUAGCCACCGACGAGCUCAUGCAAGUGAGAGACCCUUCCGCUGUACCCAAUGUGGCAGGAGCUUCAGUCUGAAAAUCAGCCUCCUACUCCAUCAACGGGGUCAUGCGCAGGAGCGGCCUUUCUCCUGCCCUCAGUGUGGCAUUGACUUCAAUGGUCACUCGGCUCUGAUUCGCCACCAGAUGAUUCACACAGGUGAGCGUCCUUACCCAUGCACUGACUGCAGUAAGAGCUUUAUGCGCAAGGAGCACCUACUGAACCACCGGCGGUUGCACACAGGAGAGCGGCCCUUCAGCUGUGCUCACUGUGGCAAGAGUUUCAUCCGGAAGCACCAUCUCAUGAAACACCAGCGUAUCCACACAGGCGAGCGGCCCUACCCCUGUUCCUACUGUGGCAGAAGCUUUCGCUACAAACAGACACUCAAGGACCACCUGCGGUCGGGCCACAGUGGAGGCUGUGGGGAUGAUAGAAACCCAUCCGGACAGCCACCUGACCCACCAGGUCCCCUCUUAACUGGGCUUGAAACCUCUGGCCUAGGAGUAAACACUGAAGGCCUGGAGGCCAACCAGUGGUAUGGAGAAGGGAGUGGAGGGGCAGUUUUGUAAAACUUGUCAUUUUGUGGUUAUCCAUGCUUGCAAAAGGACAAAAAAUCCAAGAGAAAGCCCAUGAGUCCCUCUACUUCUCACAAUAAUUAUUAUCUGGCAUGUUAAUGAAUUUGGGGUCCUACACACUUGACUAGGCACAUGCUGGAGUUUGAAACUUCACAACAUUACAAAAAUACCACAUUGUGAAGCUCAGAAAGACUUGGAAAGGAACCCAGCAUCUCUGUCUUUCCAAAGGUAUUACAUAAGCAGAAGUUACAAGAAUGUUACAACAAGGUUGAAAAGCAAGAUUUAGCCACUGGUAAUCUAUUAUAGGAUAAUAGCUUGAUAAUCAUAUGUGACUCUAGGUAGAGGCUGGUGCACAGGAAGAGCCUCCAAAGCUUGAAGCCCAUUGUAAGGCAUGAGAAUGUUUAAAGCCUUUCAUUAAUUCCUUGAUAGAUUAUGGUGAUUAUUUAAGAAAGUGCUGUUAAGCCAUUGUUUAUAUUAUUCCAUAAUUGUCUCUUGAUAUCAGUGAGAUCUGUUCACAAACUUACAUAGCUGCCUUUCUAUGUAAUGUGAUAGUUCAAGACUGCCUUCCUAUGCUUACUAGAUUAAUUCCUGUAAUACAUUUUGUUUAAUAUUGGGUGAAGAAGAAAUCUGACUUUAAAAGCUUCUUAAGGAAAACAGCUCUUAACUUUUACUGGCUUGAAUUGAAGCAUUCAGGCUUUUCUGGGCAUUUAAACCUCUGGAAACAUUUGCCAGUGUCCUAGGAUCACUGUUUAAGUCGCAGCUUUAAAAGAGAUCCCACAGAAAUUUCUGGCACAUCAGUGACAGAACUCCUAAAAUUUGUGUCUGAACCAUUUCUUGGAGUCCUUUACAUCAAAUUAUUUGUUACCUUUUUCAAGCCAAUAAGCUGGCUUUUCCAUUCCUGAUGUCUGAUAUUCUAGACAGUCAUCAGCAGAAAAGAUCACAGAACUUCCUAGAAACAUUAUGGAGUUUCAGAAAGCACCAGUGGACUUUCGUCUUUCAUUUCCUAAGUAGUGAGAUAAUAGUGUUGUAAUAGAACUCUCUUGAGCCAUCAAGGAGUUUGUAUGUUCACCCCAUCUGACUCUACCCCAUCAGCAAUGGACAGAUUGAGGAAUUUCCUUAGAUAACUGAGAGCUAAGACUCAGCCAAAGACAAGGACAGCCUGUUCCUGCUUGUUUUGCUUUUAGGGACUUGGGCUACCAUGUGUUCUUUUGUCAGGGUCAUUCAAUCACUUGGGAGCAUCUGAGUUUGAUCCUACACCUAAGUGGCUUUGUGACUGGCUAUAAGUCCCUUUGCAUUUACAGAUCUCAAAUUUUCAUCUGCAGAAUGAGGCCUUUGGAAGGAAAAAGAUGCGCCUCUAGAAAAAUUUUUUUAAAAAUUAAACUUGUGAUAGAUUCCUUCUCCUGUCAAAAUCCUGUCUAUAUCUCUGGCUUCUUUCCAGGUAAAGCCAAAUUAGUCAGCUGAAUCAAAGCAGAGAAAUUCUUGCUGAAACUUGACUGAAAUCAAUUUGAUUUAUUGUUUUACUCUUACUUGGAGCCUGAGGUAGAAGACAGGAAGAGAAGGAAGAAGCAAUAAAUAUUGGGCAAAAAAGCUGUUUAUUCCUGAGCUCUCAUCUACCCUGAAUUUUCCUAAGAUGCCUGGAACAAGGUCUGCAAGUAUUUUGGCAAGACACUUUCUUUAUGAAAUAAUAAGAGAGGGGUCCAUUUUUUCCCUUUUUAUCUCACCCAACCUUCACCCCGUCAAGCGAUGCAUAGCCACACUAGGAAAAAGGGUUACCCUAGCUAGCUUUGCUCCUGUGAAGGCUCUGUCCGAACAUGCUGCUCUUCAGGAUAAUCACAUUUCUAAAACAUUUGCUACAUGCCCUUCACAAUACCAGGAACCAUGGGAGAUGUAAGAAAUGUGUGGGACCUAGUGUGCUGUCAUAAGUUAGAGUCUGAAAGCGAUGAAAAGACCAAAGGGUAAAGAACAAAGCAAGACAGAAGAUGGGCAGAACCCUGGCAUAUUAGGAUUAAGACUUUCUAGCCAGAAUCAACCCUUACUGUGGAAAAACUCAGAGGUUCUGGGAAUCUCAAAGCCAUGAUUCUGGCUUCAUUGGUGACUCACCAGGAACUUCAGUAUGAGAAUCAGCUCUGUUUUGUACCUUGAUUUCCCUCAUGAAAAGGGUGAAGAAUGAAGGUACUAUCUUUAGAGCAGGAGCUCCCUUUUCUGAAUGGAUUCAAGCAUUUGCCACGGUAUGCUAGGUUUCAUGUUGGAGUAGAUAACAUCUAAAAUUUCUUUUUACUCAGUGAUUUACUGAGCACACAGCUUACCAAAGACAGAGACCUGUAGAUAAAAAUGCUGCAGAUUGAUCCCACAGCCCCUUCUGGAAGGAACUGUAGCCAACAGUGACCCAAACUUUGGCAGAGAGUGAACACAGUGUAAAUACCCAGCCAUUUUAAGCAAGAGCCAGAAGCUGAAUGAAAGGGAAUGUGCAGGCCAUCCCAGAAAGAUAGAAAUAGGUAUUACAUAAUCUUCAGCCCUGGUAUAAACUAGGGAAUUCAACUGUUAUACAUUCUCUUCUCCUUUCCCUCCAUCAGUCCCCCACUAGAUAGAACUCCAGGCCAGCUGUAAAGAGUUGACUUAAGAUUCAAAGUUGUAUAAUAAAUGGAUCCAUGGGGAGGAUAAGCUAAACUUUCACAGAAUGGGUCCAUUGUGGGCUUCUGAUAAGGUGUGUAUUUAAUUGUGGAGUUGAAGAAGUAUCUGAUGUUUGGCUGAGGUUUGGUUGCCAUUACCAGACAAGAUAGGACAUAGGAAAACCCAGAAAUGUGCUUUUCAUCGGUCUGCCCUCUGAGCUAAGGAGUCUGUACUGUCGUAGACACCAUCUCCUUGACCUUUUUCAAAUGUUGGAAUCGUCAGUGGAUCCAGGUGUUGAACAUAACCUGAUGCACUCUUUGCUUACUAGGUUUUUCACCAUUAGAGAUGAACCUCUAGUUCAACCACAGAUCUGAAAGUAAAUGGAAGUUGAUUGCUUGAUUAGAAAGUAAAAGAUGACUCCAGUCCUUUUUUGCUGGCUUGAUACUGGAGACACAUUAGUCAGGCUCUAGCUGUGUUCAACAUAGCUUCCCUCAUUAACAAUAAAGUCUGCCAAGUUCUUACUGGGGACUCUGUUGGGCUUCUCUUCAGAGCAUUUUCAAGAGAUGUGGGUGUCCAUGCCUAUCUACCAGGGCCAGACUCACUUACUGGCAAAUAACAAAUAUUCACUGUCUGUCUGCAAAAGCCUUAUUGUUAAAAAGGACCUGAGCUCCUUUAUCUGUUCAUCCCAAAUGGGAUAGAGAUCCCAAAUACUUCAUCCAUCCUCAGUUUCCUCUUGAGAAGGGGCAGUGCCCUCCCCCAUAUCUUAGCAUAUUAGACAACAAAAUCAUCCUCAGUAUCUGCCCGAGGACUCCUGAGUAGCAAUGAGUAAAAGCAAAUAUUUGAAAAAAGAGAUUCUUAUGGAAGAGAACCUCUGAUAUCAUCAUAUUUAUGUUUUUUAUGUGUACUUGAUAGAUACCUGUGACUGUAUUUUGUUCACUACAGUUCUUUAUCUUUAGCAAAGGCAGCAGUCACCACUUCUUUUAGGAUUUGUACACAGAGGCCAUUCUUUGUAUUGGAAACUGUCAGGCUCUUACAAACAAAGAUACUCAAAUUAGGUCACCUUGGAGAGUGGGGGGUGGGGGUGAGUGAGUGCACAAGGUCUUAAUGUAAGAUACAUGUGGGUGAGUACAGUUUAAUGGUUAAGAGCAUGAACUCUCGGGUUGGGCCUGGAUUCUAAUCCUGGGUUUAUCAUAAGUAACAUAACUGAUACAUUUAACCAUCUUGCACCUUAGUUUCCGUAUCUGUAAAAUAGGGAUUAUAAUACCUAUGUCUCAGAGGUGUUAGAGUUUAGGAGGAAACCUAUAUAAAGUGCUUAGCACAAAGCCCAACACACAGAAGGUGCUCAGUAUUACAGCUAUCAAGAAAGAUUUUACGGGACCAAGCAGAGAGUAAAGCUGGAUUGAUUCUGAAGUGGAAAGUGUCAAGAACUGAGGCUACAGAAGUGGCUGGUCUCUCUGUCUCUUGUUGAGCACAUGAUCACUUGAUGUCUCAGCUUUUUGCCUUCUGAUUUCUUUUGCUUCCAUUUAGCUUAUUUUUUUACUAUAUCUUUUCUGUACCUCACAGCUUCUGUAAGUACCUAUGUGCCAUGACAGUGUGUAGCUCUCAUUCUCUUGUUUUUCUUAGUUCAAGUUCUAAUGUAGGAAAUCUGGCCCAGCUCUUCUUUCAAUACCAGGGCCCAGAAGUUUCCAGCCAACCCUUGGAUUGGUUGCCCUUGGGUUACAUGUUCAUUCUAGUUUAGUCAGCUGUAGUGGGGAAGGCAAGUCACAUGGCUACUGCACCAGGAUCUGUGGGCUUGCUAGAUUCAUUUGGGAAUGGGCAGAUGGUGGCACAGUAUAGCAUUUCUAGAGCUACCAGGAAAGGAGAGAAUAUCUUUUAACCUUUAUCAGGUUUCCUUAAAAGGCUUCUACUUCAUAUUCUCUAUCAUACACCAGAACCUACUGUCCCUUGCACACAGGACCUAGAAAGUGCUGUUAAGUAUCUUGUAAAGGAGUAAUUUGUCAAUUUCUAGGGUGUCAUUCCUCCCUUUCUAGCCCUGCUCCAGUUUCUUUUUAAAUGAGUAGCUCUGGCCAUAGUCAUACACACAGAGAGAAUAAUUGUAUGUCAAUUUGGUCAAUUAACUAGCCUCUUAAAAACAAAAAAUUAUAAUACCAGCUAUCCACCAAAGAAGACAGCCCAAUCAGAGAAGCCUCAAAAGCAGUGUGCUGCAAUGCUCUCAAAGACUGCCAGGUUAUAUUUCAAAUAAAAUCUUUGAUAAAACCU